ACCAUUAUUGCGUCUUAAAUAUAAGAUCAUAAAACGUUCCUCCGUAUCAUAAUGGCGGUCUAACACCGCUGCUACACUGGUUGUCACUACCUACCCCAGUCAUGACCCGUAAUGCGGCCUGGGUUACGCUACUCACCAAGUCUGAGUACCUACCAGGUGCUCUAGUUGUGGACCAAUGCUUGAAAUCUGUCGGUUCCAAAUACCCUCUCGUUGUGAUGGCCACGUCUCAGCUUCCGCAAGAAGCUCGCCUCAUCCUUUCGAAUAGAGAUAUUCCUAUACGGGACAUAUCUAGACUGAAACCCCAGAAUGAAUCGAGUUCGAUGGCUGAACUUGACUCCAGGUUCACGAGGUUUGCUGAUACCUGGACGAAACUCCAAGCAUUCGAGCUGGUGGAAUAUGAUCGUGUUGUCUUAAUUGACUCAGAUAUGGUCGUCCUGAGGAACAUGGACGAACUAAUGGACCAUGACCUGCCAAGCGAUUGGAUUGCAGCCGUUCACGCAUGUGCUUGCAAUCCACGCCGAUUCCCUCAUUAUCCCGACGAUUGGAUACCCGAGAAUUGCGCGUAUUCCUCCGUAGUCCACCCUACGGGUAUCAUAAACCCACCAGUGAUCACGGAUUCCAGUCCGCGUCCCUACAAGCAGCUCAACUCGGGUCUUGUCAUACUCACGCCUUCAUUGGAACUGGCAAAUGACAUUCACCGCUUCCUUAUGACAUCGCCCCUUGUCUCAACAUUCGCCUUCCCCGAUCAGGACUUACUGGCAGCAUACUUUGAGGGAAGAUGGAAAGUGCUCCCGUACGUUUACAAUGCAUUGAAAACGUUAAGAGUCAUCCACAAGCCUCUCUGGAGGGAUGAAGAGGUGCGGUGUUUGCACUAUAUAUUCCAUGAGAAACCAUGGAGUACACCUCCAGGAUCCGGCGGAGAGUACGGGGAGAUUGACCAAUGGUGGUGGGACAGGUACGAGAAACUGGGUGAGGAAAUGAGUAUUUCUGACAAGGAAGGAUGGGAACUUGUUGAUUCUCAUGUCACUAGAGUCACGCCAUCAGCUACAUUUCUUUAACGACGUCGAUAUUGUGGAUUCUGGAUAGAGUACAUUAGUAUACACAGACGAUAAGGCUUUGAAUUGUACAAUGAGGUUGGUGGGUGAUUCGCAAUAUCUUUUUUUUGUUGCUGCAUAGUCUACUAUGCCCU